AUGGGAAAGAACAAAAAGAAGGGGGGUAAAGCGGUGCGGCACGAUGCGAAACCCGAGGAGCACAAUGAACAGCUCAUAGGUAAAGCAGAGCCGGCAGAAGAUCCUAACAAAGAGGCGGAGACCCCAGGGGAAAUAAUUGACGGAGAAGGUCAAAGUGAGAAUUCUUCCAUACCUGGGGAGGAUGAUCAGGAUCAAGAAGAAGAAGAAAAGGAAGAAGAAAACAAUGACGAAGAAAACACUUCAACACUAGAGAAAGAAAUUGCUCGGUUGAAAGAAGAGCAUGCCGAGCAAUUGAGAAUGAAAGAUACAGAAAUGGAAAAGCUGCGGACAGAGCGUGAUGCAAAGGAAUCCCAGUACAACACGCUCUUGAGCAGAAUCUCUUCAAUGAAAGAUGUUUUCCAGAACUUAAGGGACUCGAAGCAAGAGCUAGAAAACGUACAAGAACAGUUGCAAGAGUACGAGUCUCAAAACCUGCGCUUGAAAAAUAAAGUCUCGAGCACUUCGAAAGAAAACGAGGAACUGAGAACCACUGUUACCACUCUCAACAAAGAGUACGAUAGCAUGGAAAGUGAGUACGAAAAUCUGCAAAAACAAGUGACCAGUUACGAAAGACAAAUCGAGAAGUGUGAAAUAAAAUUAGAACAUGCUACCGAAUCUCAUAGCGAUGAAUUGAAUGCGUAUAUCAAGGAGAUUGAGAACUUGACACUAAAGAUUCAGAAAUUGACCGUUGCGCUAGAGAACAGUCACCAGAGCAUAUCAGAUUUGAAAAGUGAAAGGCAAGAGCUCGCCCAUGAUCUGGCCACUAGCGAGUCGACACUUUCAAACCUAAAACAAACAAUUGCUGAUCUGGAGGCUACUCUGAAUACCAAGGAGGAAUCACUGCGCGAGGACUGCAAAGAUAGAGAUUUACAAAUUAAGGCAAUAAGAGCACAGCUCGAUACAGCACUGGAAGAGAAGACCGCCCAGGGGGAACAAAUAUCAUCUUUGAAAUCGCAAAUAUCUGCUAUGGAGGAGGAGGUUUUCCUGAAGGAAAAAUUUGAAAAGGAGGUUAAGGAUAAAACUUUACAGAUAGGCAAAUUGAGACACGAGGCAAUUAUCCUCAACGACCACUUGAGAAAGGCGAUGGGUAUGUUGAAACAAUCAAGCGAGUCAGAGAUGGUAGACAAGGAAUUGAUAUCUAAUCUUCUAAUCUCAUUCGUAUCCAUCCCCAGAGCUGACCCAAAGAAGUUCGAGGUGUUGCAACUGCUGUCAAAUUUCUUGAAUUGGGAUGACGAGAAAAAACAACAGGCGGGCUUAGUGGGCGGCACCAACUCCAUCCAAAAAGCCGAUAAAAAUGACAAAGGCUCUUCCAUGUCCAAAACACAAAGUUUCAUAUCUAUGUGGACGGACUUCUUAGAGAAGGAGAGCGAAAGGUAG